AUGACAGAAAACUACGUCGCAUCAGGCCAGCAGCGCAACCUGCGCGCCUGCAUGGUCUGCUCCAUAGUAAUGACCCAGACUCGCUUCCUCCGCGAAGGGUGCCCUAACUGCGACGAAUUCCUGCACAUCCAAGGCUCGCAAGACGCGCUCCUGGACUGCACAUCGCAGGUCUUCGAGGGCUUGAUCGCGCUCGCGGAUCCCUCGAAAUCAUGGGUGGCGAAGUGGCAGCGGUUGGAUAAUUAUGUGAAGGGAGUUUAUGCGACGAAGGUUUCGGGUCAGCUUGGUGAUGAGGUUAUUGCUGUUAUUGAGGAUGAGGCGAGGAUUCGGUAUAUUCCGCGAGAUGGGAGUGCUACAGAGGCUGAUUGA